AUGGUCCCAAGCACCCAGAGCCCGGACGGGACCGGGCUGCACAGGAGACCGAGCUGCAGUGGUCGUACGAGGUUGUCUCCUACCAGCAGCUGUUCCCGUCGUGCGUCGGCUCGCAUUACAUCCACAUCUGCUUCCCGUACGGCUGGGCGUUGCCGCCGCCGCCGCCGCCGCCGCCGCCGCCAGACCCUGGCGCAGCAGGCGGUCGAUGCGGUCCUCCAGGCGUGGGAGCGGGCGGAGGCCGCCCGUGGCCACGGCCCCGUCGAGGCCACCGAUCCCUAUGACGCGAACCCGUGGCUGCGCAUGAUGCGGAGGGCCCAGUAUCUCAAGGGGACCCCGCCGGCCGACCUGCUGCGCAGCGUCGAGGUGCCCGACCCCGACACGGCAGACCCCGUCGAGCAGGGGGUGCAGGUACUCGUGCGGAAGCACGUCCAGCCGUGCCAGCAGAUCCUGGCGUCUUUCGCGCGCACGCAGCACCUGCACGGCCAGCAGGCGUGGAAACGCCCCGUGUACCACCACCGCGCGGCUGCAGAAGUGGGCGCGGCUGUGGCAGCUGGUGCAGCACCCCGAGCCGCAGCCGGAGCUCCCGGCGGUCGACGAGGCGCUGCAGCUGCGUCUGAGCGGGCGUGCCUAGAGUUUUGCGUGGAGCUGAUGAACCAUCGCCGCCGCUCCCAUGAGAACGAGAGCGUGCUGCUCGAUCCCGCGGCGCUACAGAUCGUGGAGAUAUGGCAGACGCAGCAGACGGCGGGGCCGUGGGCGCUGCAGAGCGCGGACGACGAGCUGGCCGAUGUCGACGAGGGAUACGCGAGCGGGUCGACCGCGAAUAGCCCCGUGGCGCCACUCAUCGAGGGGGAAGUUGGCGACGACCUCCCGGGCAACGACCCUCCGUCACUAGACUCUCCCAAUAUUCAGUCGCUGCUGUGGGCCUGA